ACUGCCACUCUUUGAGACACUGACGCUGCACAUUCUUUGCUGGGAAAGCUUUGUGUUCAGAUCCUGCGAGUUCAAUUUCCAUGAGGUACUGUGGAAAUGUUUCCAGUCUGGAACAAGGGUUAAUUUUUCAUCUAAAAACGCCGAUUAUGGGGUGUAUAGGCUCCAAAACAACUAUUGUGGCAGUUGAUACUACCUUACGUGUGGAGUGGAAGGAAGUGAAGUCAGCUGCAGCUCUCUUUCCAUUGGGAAACACUACGACUUCUCUAGUGCGAAGGCUAGCACACCAGACAUCAGUAGACAGCCCGGAAACUGCUGAGGUAAAUGUUGAGGACACUAUUGAAAUGUUACCGAAAUCAAGACGCGCACUUACGAUCCAGGAGAUUGCUGCACUUGCAAGAUCAUCUUUGCAUGGUUUCUCACAGGUUGUAAAAGACCAUGUAACUAAACCCACAGCCAUGGCUCAGGGCCGAGUCGCUCACCUCAUUGAGUGGAAAGGCUGGUGUAAGCCUAUGGAGUCGCCAAUGACUCUUGAGAUUGAUUUCAAUUCCUACUCAGACUUAAGUGAAGGAGAACAGGAAGCAAGAUUUGCAGCAGGUGUGGCAGAACAAUUUGAAAUUGCAGAGGCUAAGCUUAAAGCAUGGUCAUCUGUUGAUGGUGAUGAUUCGAAUGAUGACUCCUAUGAUGAAGAUUUUGUAUCAACUAGUGACAGCACACUGCCAGCUGAUGCAGCAGGACAGUACCCUCAAGUGAAUUAUUCGAGAGACAUGCUGCAUAGCCAUUUGUGCAAACUUACAGUGAGACAGGCAUCAUGUGAGCAGGAAAGUGAUUCCUCCCAAACUGUCUCGCCAGAGACCCUAUGUUCCAGUCUGUGCAGCCUGGAAGACCACCCUUUGCUUAAAAUGGAGUUGGGGUCUCCCACUGAAUUAGCUGCAAAACUCUUUGGUCAGAUCAGGGAAAUGACUGGUCAUCGGGAUGUGAUCUCUCAGCUGCAACCGAAUAGCAACACUGAAUGUGCCUUUAGGAACCUUAUAUGUGAGGACUCCUCUUACUCUGUGUCUUAUGCUGAAUCUUGUUUUACUCCGGAAGAAGAUGACUUGUCAUGUCAAGAUUACAAAACCAUUUCUAAGGAGGAGGAUGGCGAGUAUGACGGACGUAGAAAAGUAUCAGACGUUGCUUCCUCAGGUGUAGUAUCUCUGGAAGAGGAUGAUGCUGAAGAUCAAUGAAUCCUUUGUGACCCUGGCAUGCAUUUCUCCCUUUGAUACUGGUCUUGAGGCGUUCAAACAAUCGGUCUGUAUUUUGUAAAAGACUAUAAAAGUAACCUUUGCACAGAUAAUUGCCUGAGGUUUGAUGCAAAGGUUCAGCACUUCACAGGUUUGCAUGCUACGAAGUGCCGAAAGGAACUGUUUGCUGAAAUGUUCUUAGCACGGUAUGUAGCUCAAGCUUUGAGAAUCUUUCGUACUGAUCUUUAAAUUAUAUGCUACGUUAUUUUUCAUGCUGGAAAGCAUUCUCCAGUCACAAUGGCAUGGCUAUGUCUUGUGCUAAAAUGGCCAAAUUAUAAUCUUCGUACAAGAUAAAGCAGCUGCUGGAAUGUUCUUAAAAACAGACAACUUAUGUCUUUUUAAAAAUAUUUCACAUAAGAGGUAUUUGCUUUUAACCUACUACUUUUAUACCAUUCAACAUAUUAUAGUCUGAUGAAUAAUUAAUUUUCAAUGGUCUGAUGAAAAACAUGCAAGUGUCUAAAUCUUUUAAAUUCCCACAGUUGGAUCCUCUAAUUUUGGAUAAAAUAGUUUCCACUGAUGCAGUAAAGCAAAAGUGCAUUAUGGUUCAAAUUUUAUAUUUUUGUAUUUGUGUCUGCAUCUUGUGAGGUAUUGCUGUAAAUUGGAUUGCACGGGGCUUCAGUGCUGUUGCUAUAGGAUAUUUCUUUGUUAUCACUGUGUGAUAUAGUCUACAAACAAAGAAUACUGUGGUAUUUCUGACUUUCAUUGUCACAUUGUUUAAACUGCAAGUGUUUUAACCAACAUUGAUUUAAAACAACACGGGAAGACUCCCACUCAAAUAAAAAGCACGUGUGAGUACUUGAAAUACAGAUUGAUGAGGCACAUUCAAAAGAGAAAUUUUAAAAACUCAACAAAAUCAAAAAUAAGUUCUGUCUGGUAGCACAUCAAUUUGACAACCUUAAUGGACAAUUUAAUGAUGACAGUAUAAGGUGAAAUCUUUUUCUUUCAAAUUUUAUUCAGAAAGGUACACUCUUAUAGUACGCCGGGCUAUUAUUAUUUUCUAACAUGGUGCUUCAGAUCGUGCACUCACACGAGAGGAAGAUUUUAGUUGAUGACAAUUCUCUGCCUACAGUUUCAUUUUUUGCUGUUUUCUUGACAUGAUAAUGGACUGGCAAUGGAAAGAAAAUUCCCCCAUGCAAUGUUUUUUGGCAGUGGCUGUUUUACUGAAAAAUUAUCAGCAGCUCAUUUGCUUCACAUUGCCCUCAAUCAUGACUUUGCUACACCUCAUAGGCAACAGUCUUGUUUUACUAGGACUGGCUUUUCAUUUGUAGUUAGAUGCUGGAUAUGGUUUGUAAAUGUUCUUAAUUUUCCCAAGAAACACCAUCCACCUUGAAAGCCUACUAAAAUGUUUCAGGGCUUGAUGUGGCCUCCAAUUGUACAGCAUAAAUAUUCAAUGCCCUCACAUCCCCCCACCCAAACACCCCCAGAAUACUGGAGGGACCUGCUUGAACAGCAUUUCAGGAAUGAUACAAUGUGUUUUUCUCCUCGUAAAACAAAUAUACAAACUAAGAAAUGAUUGUUACAGACCAAAAUCAGGAAAUCAAGCCCAAUAAUUGGAAAAGCUGCGAGAUCCAUCACACUUUGGUUGUAGACAUUUGAUCAUAUUGCCUGAUUGUUUUGGAUGUACUUGAGUCUGCAACUAAGUAAUUGCUAGUCUUUGUUAUACUUUUUGCUAACAGAAUUGUAGAGUGGUGAAAGUGGAUCGUCUUUCUUUUUGCUUAAGUGCAGGGCUAUUUUGCUACAACUGUGGUUUUAAGAAGCCUUGCUGAGCAAAGCACUCCAAAUUAUUUUACACAUAGGCAUUAGCAGAGGUUGCAGAUUUCUCGAUUACAAAUUCUGCAAAAGUUUUGUAGCACUGAAGGUUUUAAAAAUUCCCAGUUCAAUGGAAGAUGCCACUGUGAAUGUUCCUACGAAAUCUACUUGCACUCAUCUAUUUUGUAAUAUUGUAAAUGUAGUAUGUGGAUAUAACUUGUGUUUUCUUUUGUCUAUCAUUUUCUUUGUUAUAGCAACAAUCAAGAAUUCCAAAUAAACUAUCAGUAAUGUU